AUGAGAACUUGUAGCUUUACGAAGUACUUGUCAAGAUCCAGAUCCGUUUCACGGUCUUCUGAUCCAACGGAUAAUACCUUGUCGGGAGACAUCAAGUUAUUAGACAACGUUGUUUAUUUCAAAGGACUCAAUAACCAUGAGAGUAUAACUAGUAAUACCAUUCCUGUCGUGAGGGGAUCAUUGCAGUUGAGCCGAAACUGCAUGAAUCCAGAUGUCAUCCCUUUUAUUAAAACGAUCAGCAUAGACCUCAAAGGAGUUGAAACCUCUAUCAAAAAUAUACCCGCCGCUUGCGGAUACAAAUCAGAAACAUCAAAGAAAAUCUUAGUCAAACAAACAUAUUCAUGGAAAGUAUAUGCUCCAAUAUCUGACACAAAAGAAGUGUAUCCAUUUCAGUUUAUUCUCUCCAAUGAGCUGGUAGAAUCGUUCAAGCUUAACAGAGUAGGCUCUAUGUUUUACUACGUAGAGGCAGCUGUGGAUUACUUUUCCUGUAGCUCUGAUGGCGGUUGCGCAAUUACUCAAUUUCAUCCCCCUAUAAGGGAAAUAAAGGCCAUCAGAUGUCCUUUGGAUAAUUCCAACUUGGCAAGUGAAACAGCUUUAGUGGAGGGUUGCUGGCGGUCUCUGCUGAAUUAUGAAGUCUCUCUGAGUAAAAAAUUAUUAACUACUUCUGCUGACGAUUCAUUUAAUGUAAGUGUUUCCUUAAAGAACUUACAUCCUGAUGUUUAUCCUCCGCCUUUCAGAAUAUUAGGAUACAAAUGCUGGUUAAUUCAGAGGGUAACGGUCCCUGAGGGCCACACUGCCAACAGAUGUCUAUUAGAAGCUUCAUCGGAGUCCUUUUCAGAACUUGAAUUGGAGCUCUCUCUGCACAAUUUUAGAUCCCAGCUAACUCCAUGCAUAACCACACCCACAAUGACCAUCUCGCACACGCUUAAAAUCAGCAUAAUACUCCAAGAACUGCCCAAUCUCAUAAAUAAUACUUGCAAAGCUUCUAACAAGAUAGAAGUUGCUUUAAAUUGCCCUGUUAUAUUACUAGACGAGCUAUCCCUAUUAGGUUGUCUCCCUCCACCAAAUUAUGAGAAUCCUUCUUGCGCGGAAUCGAUUGUCCCAUCAUUAGACAGCGAUAGCAUUUCCCUGUCUUCUGAGGAAGAAGAUCAACAGAUAUCAUCUGAUCUUGAUUCUCUUCAGUUGAAUUUCGGAAAAGAUCAGGUAUUGCACAACUUUUUAAUGUACACCACAAAAGAACCCCCGCCAUUGUAUACUAUAUAA